GUUGGGAAUAAAGGAUGAUUCAGUGAUUCUCGGCCUUGGAUAAAGGACUGAGGCCCCUGCUCCCUCUUUCACUUGACGCGUUUUCACCUAAUCAUUGUCAUGGCACCCGAAAACGGAGACUUGAAUAGCCCAACAGCUGUUCGUACUUAGAUCGUGGCGCAAUGAACGAGACCUGAAUCGAGCUCAGGAUGCGCCAAAUCGAGCGUCUUAGCAUCGCGGUUCUGCUGCUCUGCUCCUUUGUGUGGCUCGCGAGACGCUUCAGUACCCCGUCGUUGGAAAUUCACCAGUUGUCUCGUUGGCAUAAUGGGAUCAAAUUGGGAUACACAACGACUGCCCCAACUCCCACCACUUCUCGAAAUACCCCAACCACUAGGAAAAAGCGACCAAGUAUCACCGAUCUGUUGCCUUCACGGCACAGGGGAGCUGAGCCGUCUAACAAUCAGGAACACCCCCAGAUCAAAAUCACAGCAAUCGAUCGCGUUAUUGUUGCUGGGAAAACGAAAGAGGAUGACACGGACUGGAUAGUGAACGAGUUGCCCAGCUGGCAGCACGCGAUCUAUGCAGUGGAUGACCCUGAAGCACCCCUCCAUGUAGCCAAGAACAAAGGAAAAGAAGCCAGUGUGUACCUGCAAUAUAUAAUCGACAAUUACGAUGACCUCCCAUCAACCAUCGUCUUCCUGCACAGCCACCGGGACGGCUAUCCAAGAGCCUGGCACACGGAAUUUUCCGACCACAGCAAUGUGCGAACCGCCCAGAUGUUGCAGACAGAUUUCGUCCAGCGCAACGGUUACGCAAACCUGCGCUGUAACCCCAACCCGGGCUGUCCUGACGAGAUCCGCCCAUUUCGCGGAUUAAGCGACGAAGAGCACCUGCCGGAGCAGGUGUUCCCUGAAGUUUGGCGGACGUUCUUCAACAAUACCGAUGUCCCAGAGGUCAUCGCAACCCCCUGUUGCGCGCAAUUUGCGGUAUCGAGAACACAGGUGCUGCAGCGCCCAUUGAGCAAUUAUGUGCGAUACCACCAAUGGCUUAUGGAGACCGAACUACCAGACGACGUCAGUGGACGAGUCAUGGAGUAUAUGUGGCAUAUAAUAUUCGGGCAGGAUCCCGUCUAGUAGGCCUCUCUUGUCCUUUGUAUCAGUUCCUCUUGACUGACCUGCCCAGUUGCCCAGAUAUGUACCAAUGUUACGAAGAUGUUUACGGCACUUUUGAUUAACGACUGUCAUUUUAUAAUAUACUCUUUCUAGAACAAUGGAAUAAGCUGGACAUAAACACAGUAUCAUUCACUAGCAGUGACUAGAUAGUAAAAGUUGCGCUUAACAAUGUGAACUACUAUUCUCAACCCAUUAAACACGCCGUUAAGUACAUUACCAAAAUUAGCUUAAUAUCUUCCACCAUAAGAACCACUAAAAGAAAUCCAAGUACUCAGUUCAAACACAUACAGCGGAUCUCAACUGUGUAUGGCAAGUAUGUAGAAACCAAAGUUGUAAAUAUCCAGAAAAACAAAGCGGCCGUGACAUGACGUGACCACAUCAAUUUAU